CUUAAGGUAAUUCUUCUUAUUCGAAGUUUGAUCGAAGAAAAGACAUGGAGCAAUCCUUGUUGUGGGUAACUGUAGUACAGAUUUUCUUAGUGAUUGCCUAUCAAGGCAUAGAUGGGGCAUCUGAUCGAGUUGAAAGCAUUCUGGAUUACAUUCCAACCGAGGAACGAGGGAGGACAGCCUAUCACUUCCAGCCUCCCAAAAACUGGAUGAAUGAUCCAAAUGGUCCAAUGUACUAUAAAGGAAUUUACCAUCUGUUCUACCAGUACAAUCCAUAUGCUGCAGUGUGGGGUGAAGGUAUUCUCUCCUGGGGACAUUCUAUAUCUUAUAAUCUGGUUGAUUGGAUUCAUCUUGAAGACGCUCUUGAUCCAACGGAUCCUUAUGACAUUAGAGGUUGCUGGUCUGGCUCUGCAACAAUUCUUCCAGGUGGAGAUCCUGCCAUUAUGUACACAGGAGUGGAAUCUACGAACCGUCAAGUCCAAAAUAUAGCAGUGCCCAAAAAUCUAUCUGACCCGUUCCUUUUAGAAUGGGCGAAAUUGGAUCAAAAUCCUCUGAUGACUCCAGUUGAUGCCAUUGGUUCAGAAUUUUUCAGAGAUCCAACAACUGCCUGGCUGGGGAAGGACAAAAGAUGGCGAGUGGUCAUUGGAAGUGAAAUUAAUGGUCAUGGGACAGCACUUCUCUAUCAAAGUGAGGAUUUUGUACACUGGACUAAGAGUCAUAAACCCCUUCAUUUCUCAAAUAAAACAGAUAUGUGGGAGUGUCCAGAUUUUUACCCUGUCAGUACCAAUGAUACAAAUGGAAUUGACACUUCUGAUCUAGGUAAAACUACCAAGCAUGUGUUGAAGGCAAGCUUUUUCGGUCAUGAUCACUACAUAAUAGGAACCUAUGAUUCAGAAACAGAUGAUUUCUUUCCUGAUACUGACUUCAUGAAUAGCAAUGUGAAACUGAGAUAUGAUUAUGGUAUAUACUAUGCUUCUAAAACAUUUUUCGAUGGAGCCAAGAGAAGGAGAAUAUUGUGGGGAUGGGUAAAAGAGGCAGAUGAUCAAUCAGAUGACAUCAGCAAAGGAUGGUCUGGACUUCAGUCAUUCCCUAGAACUAUCUUGCUUGACAAAAGUGGAAAGCAACUAUCACAAUGGCCAAUCGAAGAAAUUGAGGGUUUGCGCAAAGAUGAAGUUAAUCUUCAGAAUAAGGAGAUAGAGGGAGGUAACAUAUUCGAAGUUACAGGCAUCACAGCCUCACAGGCUGACAUAGAAGUCUCAUUUCACCUGCCAAAUCUUGAUGAUGCUGAGUUAACACAUCCCGAAUGGCUUGAUCCUCAACUUCUUUGCAGCGAAAAGAAUGCAUCAACAGGAGGAGUUAUCGGUCCAUUUGGCUUGUUGAUCUUGGCUUCAGAAAACUUGACUGAAUAUACUGCUGUCUUUUUUCGAGUAUUCAAAGGCCAUGACAAGUAUGCUGUGCUCAUGUGCAGUGAUCAAAGCAGGUCAUCUUUGAGAGAGGAGGUCGACAUAUCCACCUUUGGGGCAUUUGUCGAUGUAGAUCCUGCAGAAAAAAUAUCACUAAGAAGCCUGAUUGACCAUUCGAUCAUUGAAAGUUUUGGAGGUGAAGGAAAGACUUGCAUCACUUCUAGAGUCUAUCCGACGUUGGCAAUUGGUCAGGAAUCCCAUCUUUAUGUAUUCAACUAUGGCACAGAAAGUAUCAGAAUCGCCAAUUUAAGUGCUUGGAGCAUGAGGAGAGCUCAAUUUUUCCAGUCCACAAAGGAAGAAAAGCCGAAAUUGAUUGAGGAAUAGAUUUUUUGGCGAUCAAAUUCAAUGCUUCUGAGCUCCUGUUGCUUUAUGAUUCUUUCCAAUAUUAUCAAUCGCAUCUUUGGUAGGAUACCAGUAUGUAGUCAAGGCAUGAUGAAAUUAAUUAAUCCAGGGCAGGUUUGCUAAUAGAUACAUUGCAAUCUGCCACUUGUCUGU